GUGUGACGUCAGAAUCGCCAUGGCCAGCUAUCCCUACGGGCAGGGCUGCCCAGGAGCUGGAGGACAAGCACCCGGAGCCCCUCCAGGGAGCUACUACCCUGGUGGAGGGCAAUAUGGCAGCGGGGUACCCCCUGGUGGCGGUUACGGUGGAGGUCCUGCCCCUGGAGGGCCUUAUGGACACCCCAACCCUGGAAGGCUCCCCUCUGGAGCUCCAGGAGGACCGUAUGGUGGUAUGGCCCCAGGGGCCCCCUAUGGGCAGCCGCCUCCAAAUGCCUACGGUGGGCCUUAUGGACAGGGACCUCCUCCAGGAGGCGUCCCGCCCAAUGUGGACCCUGAGGCUUACUCCUGGUUCCAGUCAGUAGACGUGGAUCACAGUGGCUACAUCUCCAUCAAGGAGCUGAAGCAGGCCCUGGUCAACUCCAACUGGUCCUCGUUCAAUGACGAGACAUGCCUCAUGAUGAUAAACAUGUUCGACAAGACCAAGUCAGGCCGCAUUGACGUCUACGGUUUCUCAGCGCUGUGGAAGUUCAUCCAGCAGUGGAAAAACCUCUUCCAGCAGUAUGACCGAGACCACUCAGGCUCCAUUAGCUACACGGAGCUGCAGCAAGCUCUGUCCCAAAUGGGCUACAACCUGAGCCCACAGUUCACCCAGCUCCUGGUCUCCCGCUACUGCCCGCGCUCCGCCAAUCCUGGCAUGCAACUGGACCGCUUCAUCCAGGUGUGCACCCAGCUGCAGGUGCUGACCGAGGCCUUCCGGGAGAAGGACACAGCUGUGCAAGGCAACAUUCGGCUCAGCUUCGAGGACUUUGUUACCAUGACAGCGUCUCGGCUGCUAUGACCCAGCUUAUCUGUAGAGAGUGGCAUGUACCAGGUGACCUUUCCUGGCUCUUUAGAGUGGGAGAAGCAUGUGGACCUCUCUUUUUCCUGCCCCUCAUCGAAAAAGAUCCUCCCUUGCCUGAUGCAGCACUGCUCCCCAAGAGGGCUGGGAGUCCUGUGUCAUAGCCACCAAAUAGUGGGGUCCUGGGCCAGGGCCAUCCAGGCAGGGGCCUGACCUAGGAGAGGACUGGAAGUUAAAUGUCCUUACAGCCCUGAGCAUUUAAGUGGCACAGCCUUAGAGCCGGAGGUGCCAGCCAUUGUAAUGGAGUUCAUGUCCAAUGAAAUGGGCUGGGCUCCAGCCUCCAGCUUGGUCUGCCGUGCCCCCAGCGCCGGUGGUAAGUGGUCAUCAGCCUCCUACCAUUAGCAGCUAUGUCCCCUCCGCCAUGCUCUCCUUUUAGACGAAGCCAGUUUCUCCAAAGUGGAAUCUGACCAAGCAUAAAAGAGAUCUGCCCAAGGGACCAGGGGCUCAGACGCCACCACCCUCAUGCCCACAAGUCCGUGUGUGUGAACCUCUAGCUGCCUGGGGGCUGUCCCUGCUCAGGGAGCUUGGACAGCCUGUUCUCUGGGCGUCUUGGGCCAGGCCACUGCACUCUGCAGCUCGGACCCCUCCCUUGCCCACCACUCUCUGCUCAGCUUCCAUCCCCGGGGGACAGUUGCCACCUCCCACUGCCAAUGCCUUUUUGUCAUUUUUUUUUCAUCUGGGGCCAAAAGUUCAGUGAAACUGUAAGCUUCAAUAAAAGGAUAAAACUCUG